UUAGUCUCACCUGGCACACCCAAGUCAGUACUCUGCAGUCUGGAGAGGAAACAGGACUGCUCUGCUGGAGAUAAAGGAUGGCGUCUGCUGAUCUGAGGAAGGACCUGGAAUGUUCCAUCUGUCUUAAUGGUUCUAAAGAUCCUGUUACCCUGAAAUGUGGACACAACUUCUGCCGGGACUGUAUUGGCCAUGUGUUGGAUACCCAGGAGGGGUCUGGAGGUUAUUCCUGUCCUGAAUGCAGAGAAGAGUUCCAGGAGCGGCCUGAACUGUGGCGGAACAUAACACUGCGUAACAUAGUGGAGAAUUUUCUGUCUGCUCAGCCAGAUCAGGAGGAGUCUGAGGUGAUCUCUACUUAUUGUAUCCAGACUCCUGUACCUGCUGUGAUAGCCUGUCCAUCACAAAGAGAACCUUCACAGCGUGAACACCUGAGAGUCCACAAUAAAUCAACAGAACACGUCUUAUGUGACCCCACCACUUCCCUGGAGAACAGGAAAUGCUCCGUUCAUAAGAAGAUCCUGGAGUAUUACUGCACUGAGGACUCAACCUGUAUCUGUGUGUCCUGCAAGCUGGAUGGAGAACAUCGGGAACACCAGGUGGAGACUCUGGAUGAGGCCUCUGAGAUGAAGAAGAAUAAACUAAGGAAUGUUCUGCUGAAACUGAUGACGGAGAAAGAGGAGACAGAGAAAAGAGUCCAGAGUCUGCAGGAACACGGGAGGAAAAUACAUGGACAAGCGGAUGAUGAAACAAAGAGAUUCACUACCCUGUUCAGAGACCUCAGGAGACAUCUGGAAGACCUGGAGAAGAGAGUCCUGAGUGAACUCUCUGGGCAGGCACAGUGUAUCUCUAUAUCACUGUCUUAUAUGAUCCAACAGCUGGAAAUAAAGAAGGAGGAGCUGUCCAGGAAGAUGGGUGACAUUGAGGAGCUGUGUAACAUGACCGAUCCACUGACUGUCCUACAGGAAUCGGACACAGGCCACUUGUGUGAUACUGUGGAUGGAGAUGAGGACAGAGAGAGACAUGAUAUACUCCUCCAUGAUGGAUUGGAUCUGGAUGUGGCGGGAAUCUCGCACACAUUACACACAGGCUUGUCUGAUAUCAUGUCUUGGAUAAAUGCACAGAAAUCUACAGGCUCACAUGUCUAUCCACAUCCUACUACAAAGAGCAAAGGUCACAUGAAUGUUGGACCAUCCAGGAGACGUCCCAAACCCUACCCCACCAUACAACAUUCACACCGCCAGGCUGGAGGACCAAAUAUUGGGGCAGUACAGCCAACAUCGGGGGUGUUGGGGGUUACAGACCUAUUACUGGAUGUGAGCACAUCUGGUGAUUAUCUACAUAUAUCUGAUGACAGGAAAAUUGCAUCCUGGUUAUCACAUCAGAGGCACCCAGAAACACCAGAGAGAUUUCAUUGGCCUCAGGCGAUAAGCAUUCAGAGUUUCUCCUCAGGGAGAUAUUACUGGGAAGUGGAUGCCGGGAACUCAUUGUAUUGGAGAGUCGGGAUGUGUUACCCUAGUAUAGACAGGAGAGGAGACCAGUCACAGAUUGGAUGUAAUAAGAAGUCCUGGAGUUUGAGGAGAUUUGGUAAUCAGUACUCAAUGAUACAUAACAGAAAGGUGUUUAAAUUAUCUGGCUUUGUCUCCAGUACCAGAGUUAGGAUAGAUCUGGAUUAUGAGGCCGGGCGGAUCUCUUUUUAUGAAUUGUGUGAAACCAUCCGACAUCUCCACACCUACACCACCACCUUCACUGAGCCCCUCCAUGCUGGGUUAAGGGUAGGGCUAAAUGCCUGUUUAAAGAUAUCUGGGGGGAAUCAAAUGAUGGCUCCGGGGCCGUCAAUUUCAUCCUAGACCUCACUUUUCAUCCUAGACCUCACUUCUCUACCUAAUGUGUCACUGACCAGGAACAUGCAUGCAGGAGGACAUCAUUGUAGGCUUCAUUGGCUGCAUGCUUGUUCUUGGUGAGUGAAACAUAAGGUAAUGUGGUCAGGAUUGAGAUGACAACCCUGGAGCCUUCACCUUUUACAGUGUAUCCGACGUCCAUUUUUUUCAGUUUAAGGAAUGGGGAGGAUUAGAACCUCAUUCAGAUGUUCAGUUCUUCUCUCUCCCCCCCCCGUUGUAAAGUUUCCUCUAUAUCCAGUUUGGUAAAAUAUAGCUAAAGAACAGGAAAUGAGGUGAAAUGUCUUUACUGGAGCCCCAGAUAAAAUACUGACAGGGGUUCUAAUCCUCUCCAACUCCAUCCAAAACUAGAAAAUAGGUUUUGUCUAGAUGCACCCCUUAAUAUUCACAAUGAUUCCUAAAUUUUUGUCCCCAUGACAAAUACAUUUAUCUGGGAUUGCUCCCCCCCCCCCUCACUGUAAUUGUCACUAUAAAUACAGCCAGUGUUUUGUCUUGUUCCUGUUGGUUAUGAUGUACAGGGGGCAGAAGUGAUAUCUGUCACUAUCAGUUAUUUUCUUUCCAUAAUGUAUAAAUGAUGAACAUAUGUCAGUGAUUAUGUGUGGUUGGGGGGGGGGGGGGGGGGGGUAUACAGUCUCUAGAAUUGGAAAUUCUUGGCUCUGUAUAUGGGAAUAUUGAUCAAUGAUUGGCUAUAGCUAUAUGAUGGGAUAGAUUACUAGAAUCACCAUUACCCCCUCAGUUCCAUCACGAUCCUUGAAGAGAGUUGUAUAUUUCCUCCUAUGGUCAAUCAUUUGAUAAAGAAACAGAGUUGUUAUAUGAAUAAAACCCUUUUCACGGUAAAUACAAUUUAAAAGUGCAGAAAACAAUAAUAAUCGGCAGUUAUAUAUAAAUCUAACCAAAGUACACAAAUGGGACAAUUAUAUCACUUAUAUCAACAAAUGGAGCUUUUUGUUUGGUGGUAUUUCAUCGCCACUUUAUUAUAUAAAUGGAAUAAAAAAAAGUUCUAUUUAAAAACAUAUCCAAUAAAGUUUCUUCAUCAAAAUGUAUUUUGCUACAUGUGUUUGGUCGAAAGAAUAUUGUACUAAUUGGUUUGUGUCAAAGUUAUAGUGUCUACAAACUAUAUAAUAAAAAGAUUUAAAAAGUGA